GGUUUACACUCAGGUACAAAACACGCGUGUCGUGGCUUUUGUUAAACCCGUGGACCAGCUGUGGUUCUGAAGGGGUCUGAUGUUCUGAUGCGGGUCGGUAAAUGUCACCGGACCCAACCCAGACCUGAACCCGGUCCCGGAACCAGGCGGAUCUUAGGACCCGUGGAUUCAUUUGUGGUCGAAUAAUAAAAGUUCGGAUUAUCUGGACUGGACACGGACGGACAGACCCAGUCCAGACCCAGUCCAGACCCGUGGACCCCAACGAACCCCACUGCGUCCCGCCCCACCGGACCAGACCGAGCCGAGCCCCGGGGGGACCGGGGCUGCGCCGACGCCGUUUACCGGAAGACAGGGUGUGAGACAUGGGACUGAGCUCCGGUCGGUGGACGAACCCGCCUCACAUGUAGCGGAGGAGCCGCCAGAGCGCGUGCCCGUGCGUCGAACCGGACCAACCAACCACCGGGUCCGACCGGGACAACCCGUUUGGAUCCGCCUCACCGGAACGCACCGCAUCACUCAUCUGGAGUCCCAGACGCCGCCCCAGAUCACGUUGAUGCCCGUGGGUUCUUCUCAUUACUCUUCCCUCCGCCACCGCCUCCUCCCAUCUCUCCGCCCACCAUGGCGAUGAGCAGUGAUUCCGGCUGUGAGAGGCGGGACCUGGGCUCCGACGACCAGACCGCCAGUCUCACGCAAACCAUGUCGGCUAUGACGACCAAAGACUCCACAACCAACGGUGUGAGGAAUGGCGGCGCCCAGUCUGAUGGCGCCCCACCCACCAGGAGGACCCAGGCCCCACGGCCCAACCUGAGCGGGAGGAAACUGUCUCUGCAGGAGAGGGGAACCUACAUGUCGUCAGGACCUGGAGGCGGGUACACGCAUGUCUCUCCUCGGGUGGCUCGCCGUCCCACGGUGGAGUCCAAACGCGUUUCCAUAUCGGACUCACAGGACUGCAUCCAGUUGAACCAGUACAAACUGAAGAGUGAGAUCGGAAAGGGUUCUUAUGGUGUGGUCAAACUCGCCUACAACGAGGACGAUGAGAAACAUUAUGCCAUGAAAGUGGUGUCAAAGAAGAAGUUAAUGAAGCAGUGUGGAUUUCCACGUCGUCCCCCCCCUCGAGGACCUAAAGCAGCCCAAGGGGAGCAACCCAAGAUCCUGGGGCCUCUGGAGAGGGUUUACCAGGAGAUCGCCAUCCUCAAAAAACUGGACCACGUCAACAUUGUCAAACUGGUGGAGGUCCUGGAUGAUCCUGCUGAGGACAACCUCCACAUGGUGUUUGAGCUGAUGUGUAAAGGUCCGGUGAUGGAGGUUCCCACAGAUAAUCCUUUUUCAGAAGAACAGGCCAGGUUGUACUUCAGAGACAUCAUCCUGGGAAUGGAGUACCUUCACUACCAGAAGAUCGUCCACCGUGACAUCAAACCCUCCAACCUGUUACUGGGCGACGACGGACACGUGAAGAUCGCAGAUUUUGGUGUCAGUAACCAGUUUGAGGGUAAUGACGCGCUGUUGUCGAGCACGGCUGGAACCCCCGCCUUCAUGGCCCCAGAGACGCUGUCGGACAAACGCAAGAGCUUCAGUGGAAAAGCACUGGACGUCUGGGCAAUGGGCGUCACCCUCUACUGCUUCGUCUUUGGGAAGUGUCCGUUUAUUGACGAGUACAUCUUGGCGUUGCACAAUAAGAUAAGGACCAAACCCGUGGAUUUCCCAGAAUCGCCUCAGAUCUGCGAGGAGCUCCGGACGCUGAUCUUACGGAUGCUGGAUAAGAACCCAGACACGAGGAUCACUAUCCCCGAGAUCAAGGUGGACCAAUGGGUGACCCAGGGAGGCAGAGACCCGCUGCCUCUGGAGGAGGAGCACUGCUCGGUCGUCGAGGUGACAGAGGAGGAGAUCCAGAACUCGGUGAAGUUCGUCCCCAGUCUGUCUGCAGUGAUCCUGGUGAAGGCCAUGCUGAGGAAGCGUUCCUUCAGUAACCCCUUCGAGUGUCCCAGUCGGAGGGAGGAGCGUUCCAUGUCGGCUCCUGGAAGCCUCCUCAUGGACUCGUGGCCCUUCCGGCCUUCUUUAAAACUCCACCCCUCUCUCAGAAAGUCCAGCACCGGCGACGGGCCCCGGGAGGCGGAGCUGGAGGACCUUCAUGAAGACGAACCGUCCUCCUGAGCCUUAAGAUGCUCCGUCCACUCGGCGUCUCUGUCUUAAAUCCAUCUCGGUGUCAUUUCUGUCACAUCUGCAGAAGCUCCACCAGGUCCAGUCCCACCACCAGGUCCAGUCCCACCACCACGUUGACGCUCAGGCUUCACACUCUGGUUCUCUGCUCAUUCCUCAGACAUUUACCAGUCGAUCUUCUGCAUCCACUGAGCCCAUAUCACCUGUGAAGAUGAGUUUAUCUCCUGAUACGUGCAUGGUAAAUAUUUACACCUGAUCAUCAGACAAACUGACCCUGGUUCAGAAGAUCCAAA